ACUUUGGUAACGGAGCAAUUAUCCUGAUGUUUCUGAUUAGAAGGAUUUCCUAUCGCUUGAAUGGGGGUGAUGGUAGACUAGGCAGUUUAAGAGAAUGUGAUUGUCUUGUCGCUAUUUAAGAUCCAGGAUAGAUAUAGUAGUACAUAUAACGGCUACUUACUGAAACAGUGUUUUGAAUAAGAUACAUGUUGUUUCUCUCCUCUCGUUAGGUGUUUCUCUCGCCGAUAGUGACAAUGGCUGUGUCAUGGUUCUCUGCAGUGUCUAAUUUUUCUAGUAUCAUUGGCGGAGGUGAGUCUUCGGUACCACCUCUUGUUGAUCGAACGUGGAAUGGUAGCAAUUACGGUUGUAAAUGCUAUCCAGGCGAUGAAUGCUGGCCGAGCCAGAGCUUGUGGACAAAGUUGAACUCCAUGGUGGAUGGAAAUCUUUUAGUCAACAUCCCGCCUGGGGCACCUUGCCAUGAUACAUUCGAAGGCCCCUUUGGUACAGUUUCGACUUAUGAUGCUGCUGCUUGCGCGGAUGCGAUAGCAAUGUGGCCCGACGAAUCUUGGGGCGUUGAGAAACCCGCCGCAGCAUUAUGGACUUACUUCACAAAUGACACCUGUCGACCAACGAAUAACCCCGCUGACCCUUGCACGCUUGGUUUUUAUGGCGUGUACGUGAUCCAGGCACAUACAAGAGAUCAUGUUAAAGCAGGUGUGGAUUUCGCUCGUGAAAAUAAUCUGCGUCUAAUCAUCCGAAAUACUGGACAUGAUUUCAUUGGACGUAGUACCGGAUGGGGUUCGCUGGUGGUCAAUACACAUAGCUUCCAGGAUAUCCAAUUUACGGACAGGUACAGUGGUCCGGGUCAGUAUAAUGGUGGCGCUGUGACUAUAGGUGCAGGAGUCCAGGGACUUACUUUACUCGCGCAAGCGAACGCUCAGAACCCGCCUGUUACAGUUAUGACUGGAGAAUGCCCGACUGUCGGAGUGGCUGGAGGACUUGUACAAGGUGGUGGACAUGGUCCUCUUACUCCAAAAUAUGGACUAGUUGCGGAUAAUGCACUGUCUUUUGAUGUGAUUACAGCAGACGGAAGAUACCUUACCGCGAAUUCGGAAGAAAAUCCUGACCUUUUCUGGGCAUUGAAGGGAGGUGGCCCAUCAGCAUUUGCUGUUGUACUCUCUGUCACGUUUAAAACGUUCCCAGAGGAGAAGACGACCGGAGUUAUCGUCAAUAUCAAUUCAACACAUACGAAUGAUACAAAUCUGUUCUGGGAUGGUGUUAAAUCGUUCCAUAAAUAUUCGAAUGACUUUGUCGAUGCUGGUCUUUACGGUUACUUUGAACUUAUGCCACAAAGAUUGCAUAUAAAACCUUUUGUGGGAAUUGGGAAGACCGCCAAGGAAACGAACGCUAUUCUUCAAACUAUGUUCGAUGAAUUUAAAGCCAAAGGUAUCCCCUAUGAUGCGGAGAGUAAGGAAUACGAUACGUGGUUUGACCUAUACGUUGACUUAUUCGAUGACGAGACUGCUGGUACGUCAGCUCUCACUGGUGGGUGGAUGUUUACCCAUCAAGAUGUUGAAGAGAACAACGACGGAAUUAUUGAAGCUUUCAAGACUGUGUUGUCACCACGUGGUGAUUUAAAAGAUCAAGGGGUUAUUAUUGGUCAUCUUUGGAAUGCUGGCUUAGGUACACCAGUUUCGAACAGUGCGACAAAUCCAAAGCUGAGAAAGUCCACGGACUUUAUAAUUGUCAUACUCCCGAUCCCUGAUGGUGCAACAUGGGCUCAGAAGGAGGACUUUCAAUAUGUACUCACUAAUAUUCAAGAUGCCGCGUUGAGGGAGGCUGGACCGAAUGGGUGUUCUUAUGUGAGCGAGAAUGAUCCAUACCAAUCCAAUUGGCAAGUCCAUUUUUGGGGAGAAGAGUAUCCGAAAUUAAUUGAGAUUCGAAAGAAGUGGGAUCCUAGUGGUGUAUUUUACGCCGUCUCAACACCUGGGACUGAAGAUUGGGAGGUUAUCGAAUAUGGUACAAGACUAUGUCGCAAAUACUAGAGUUGAACUUGAGAUAGUUCACAACUACAUGUGCUAUUUCUGAGGUUGUUAAAGUUAGGAUUCUGGUGAGAACCGACGGAAUGGUUAACAAUAUUAAUGUGGAGACACUUCAAAUGGUGCAUAGCUUUAGAGAUGUAUGCGUUUAUAUAGCACGUGACGUCAGAGUGUUC